UUGAAGUGAAGUAGUGUCUCUGAACCCUCUCUUCAGAAGACAGUCUCCGUUGGUUCCAGUUUGUGUUUGUUUCUUCGCCGCAGACAAACAUGUUUCGCAUUCGCAGAAUCCUAUGUCAUCGUGCCGCCGCAGCAGCAUGGACCCGCAAUGCAGCCUCCGUCUCCGAAACCCGUUCUCUCCUUCACCCUCCUCUUCCUUCCUCCCUAGAUGCAGGAAUCAGAGAAAACCAUAGAUCACCCUCGUUUGCAAGGUUCCUUUCAUCAAGAGCAAAACGUGAACCAGGGCAAAGUACAGAAAAGACCAAAAAGGAAAUAUCAAAGGUUGAGGAUACCUUUGAUGAUGCUCCUACAUAUCAUAUUCCAGAGAAGCCAGUAACGUUUGUAGAGGGAGCAUCCUACAGUGUGAUAAUUCUUGCUGGGCUUGGGGUUGCGGCUGCUGCGGGAUAUGCUGUCUUCAAGGAGCUUAUAUUUCAACCAAAAGAGUACAAGAUCUAUAACAAGGCUCUCAAGAGAAUUCAAGAUGAUCCUCAAGUCAGAGUGAGGAUUGGAAACCCAAUUACAGGUUACGGUCAAGAGAGUAGAAAUCGUGCUGCUCGCCAAAGAAUUCCUCACAGGGUAUGGACUGAUGAAGACAAUGUUGAGCAUGUAGAGGUGAAUUUCUAUAUUCGGGGCCCUCAUGGACAUGGAAAAAUAUUCGCAGAGAUGUUCAAACCAGCUGACAAUGAAUGGCAAUUCACAUACUUGAUUGUUGAGAUUAAAGCACCCUCUCCAGCACAACUAAUUCUAGAGUCAUAUAUUCCAGCUUACAAUGCAAACAAGUAGCAUAGAUGAGAAAAGGUCUUUGAUAUUGGUCCACUACUGGAGGCUGCAUUUUUCAGCUAUCAGCAUUGACCACCUAAGCCGGUCCGUGUUCCAAAAGGGAUGAAAAUUGAGAGAAAGAAAGACAAUUGAAGAAAUAACAUAAUAUGGGAACCUGGAUCCCAAAUCUCAGGUUCAGUUCCUUUUUUUUUUUCUUUCAUUUAAAACCUGCAGAUGUGAGGAACAGUUUUGGGCUAGGAUCUUAGUAACGAUGACCGCUGCGAUUUGUUUGUCUUUCAGAGCAAUUGAGAAUGCCAUGUACUUCUAAAUAAUUUAUUAUUAUUAAUGACUUCCAUACAGCUUGGUUUGUGAAGCACAUUGAAUAGCUGGAAGUUGGAUGCUAAUUUGUUGAGGAUGAAUACGGGAUUGUAGCCAAAACGAAAAUUGAUUUGGAUCA